AUGUUACUAUAUAUUAUAUUAUUAAACUUUUGUCUAAUAUAUUUGAAUUCCGCAUCGCAAUAUUUCAAUACAAAUUCAAAUGAUGCGGUUGUCAACUUCGAAGUGGACAUGGAAGACUCGCCACAAAUCCAAAGCAGACGUCAUCGCAAGCCGAAUUUUCGUGUACGUAACGAUUACGCAGUCAACUUCGAUGAUAAGCAGAACCUACGGAUACGCGGUGGUAACAUAAGUGAUACAACUAACUUCCCAUACAUGGCCGCCAUUAUCAUAAACGGACGACUAUGGUGUGCGGGGGCCAUUGUGGAUCUAAACUGGGUAGUGACGGCAGCUCAUUGUCUCAACUAUGUCCUACAUGUGUCUCCAAUGAAGUCGCUUGGGAAAUAUGUGAAGAUCCGCGUUGGCAGCACUCGACCACACGAAGGUGGUAUCCUGGUGGAUGUGGUCGGCGCGGUCAGACAUCCCAAGUUCGAGGAAGAACCGGUCCCCCACGCGGACGUGGCUCUACUGAAGUUAGCUGAGAACUUGGAGUUCAGUAAAUAUGUGAACCUGAUCAAAAUCUACAACGGCAUGAAGGAACCGUUUGCACAGAGCUUCAUCGUGGUGUCAGGGUGGGGUGCGACGAGGGGUUCAGAUACCGCUUUCCGAGACCAUACCCCGGACCUGCUAAGCGCUCGGUUGAAAGUCCGCACCAGACAUUACUGUAUCGAUGCUUACCAACUGGUCAACGGAUUCCAAUUUACCGAAGACUUCUUCUGUGCAUCACUGAGAAAUGGUACCAGAGACGCCUGUCUGUUCGAUGCAGGCGCUCCAGCGGUACAACAGAAUAGAUUGAUGGGCAUUAUGAGUUUUGGUCCUGAGCGCUGCGGACACGAAUUCCAACCGGCUGUAUUUGUCAAGGCAUUUUAUUUUAGGGACUUUGUGAAAUCAACUAUAGCAUCGUACAAAACGACAGCUGAUCUAAUAGAAGCAAUGGAAGAAGUGGAACCAGAACUAAAUCCACAGGCAAUAACACAUCAUCCCGAUACUGAAGACAAAGCACCCAAUGAUUUACAUGCCGGUGUUGGCGAUGAUGUCACAAGGCCCGAUCAUAGACAUGAUUAA